AAAAUAAGUCACGUGGCCAGGCAUUGUAUUGUAUACACCUUCUUGUUUAUUGGUUAUUAACACAGACAUUCAGACCCGCCAAUGCAACUGCAACGCGCACUAAUGACCUCCCCAGUUACCAUAGCAACCACCCAAACACAGGACGUUUUAACGUCGUUUGCCCCUUUAACAUCCAAACACACGGCAAACAUCGUCCACGUGGUUUAAGAAAAUCUGCCCGACGUUUUCGCCAAGAAAGUAAUUGCAGACGUCCAGACUCCUAAGACUUCAACAUCUUUACACCUCAAAGACUUACAGUGCUGAGGUGAUCUGGUGUUGAAGAUGAAGAAGAUGCAUUGUGUGGAAGAACAUGAUUCUCUCUAUAUUUCAGAUGAACAGCAGAAUGAGGUUUCAGACAACGGUGUUGAGCUGCUGAACUCUAACAGCUGCAUGGGGACGUUAUACACAAACAGGCAAAAAGCCAUUGAAAUGGCAGAGGAUAAAAACAUGCUUCUCAGGUUUAAGAACGAUGAGCUAAAGGACCAAAUCCAAAGCUCGAGGCAGUCGCUCCAGAACGUCCAGCUUUUUGUAAAUGAACUGGAAGACCUUCAUGCUGCAAAGGCAGAGAAAGAUCAGAUCUGUGGGAAGAUCAAGGCCAGAUGCAAAGAAGUUGCAAAAGAAAAUGAGACACUCAGACAGCGGAUAGAAGAUCUUUCUCAUGAGGUGUCAAGUUUUCUUCUGAAAAGACAGCAAACGGAUGAGGACAUCACCAACCUCAACUGUGUUCUGAGAACAUUACAGCAACAACUAAAGGAGCUCAGCUUUGAUCUGGAACACAAAGAAGAACUCAUAAAUCAGAAGGAUUCCAUCAUCAAUCAGCUGAAAGACUCCAUGUCAGAAUACAUUACCAUUAACCAGGGCAUGAAGGAGAAGCUGAAGGAUUUGGAGGACCAGUUGGCUUUGGCUUUAGUUAAAAGUGAAGGAAACUUCAUGAGCAUGGAUCCAGACACAAUGCUGAGUGGUGAAAACUGGGUUUCACUCGGGGAAGAACUCGGACUGUUUACAGAUCAGACGAUCCCUGAGCAGGAGCAGAAAGAAGAGGAAGAAAAUGCAGAGACUCUGAAAGAACAAGCAACACUUUAUGUGUCAAAAAGUAUGACACACAGCUGUAGAAGAAGCAUAACGAGAGGAGUGUGUGCUGCUGUGGCUCUCUGCUUCAGCGUUCUCGGUGUGGUCGGAGCUCUGACUCCAAACCUGCCCACAGAUAUAAUGAACAGCGUCCAUCGCCUGAUUGAACCGUGCUGCCAAGUAUUUACCACCGGACCUCCCCCUGUAUAACACACACUCCUCUCCACUGGCACUGACUGUGAUUAUUGGUGAUAUCGAUAAAUUGCAUAUUUGUUCCUGAAGUUCAAAAUUUAAUAAAGUUAUUAAUAA